GCUGCUCCGGGCGAGGCGAUGGCGGCGGCGGCGGCGGCGGGGCCGCGCCGGGGUGCGUGGCUGGCGCUGGCGGCGCUGCUGGCGUGGAGCGGCGGGCGGGCGCGCGGCUACUUCCCGGAGGAGCGCUGGGUGCCCGAGUCUCCGGCGCGGCCGCCGCGCGUCCUGCUGGCCCUGCUGGCGCGCAACGCGGCGCACUCGCUGCCCGCCGCGCUCGGCUGCCUGGAGAGGCUGCGCCAUCCCAAAGACCGCCUGGCGCUUUGGUGAGUGAGCGAGCGAGCGAGCGAGGGGCCGGCCUUGCCGGGCGGCUCAGUCCCAGGAGCCGCUUCCCAGCGCGCAGCUCCCGCGCAGCGCCGCAGCCGCCGCAAGCCCAGCGCGCUCGCCGCGCAACUUGCUCGCGAGGAGGCCGCUCCGAGCGCGGCACCCGGAUGAUGGCUGUGCGGCUGCCACGCGCAUGUUUCGCCCGGAAUCCUAGCAGUGUAGAGGGGGGGGGUCACCGAGGGUCAUCUAGUCCAACCCCCUGCCAUGCAGGAAACUCAGCUCAAGCAAGCAGGGCCAAUGGCCAUCCGGAACUUGUGGCGCGGCGCGUCCACGCUCCACACCCCACUUUCAACAGAGUGAGACUCCCCCCCCCUUUUUUUUUUAGUUCUCAGUAAAUAUGGGUAGAGCUGCGUUGCUGCGACGAUAGAGUCCUUACUCGGGGAAGAAAACAGCCACCUCCAGCCACCACCCAGUAUGUCUCUGUGCAUGCAUGCAUUUGGCGGCUUUGGCCCAUGUAGUCCGGCAUCCAGUGGAAGCAGAACUCGGGUGCAAGAGCAGCUCCCCGCUUGUGACUCUCAGAAAGUAGCUUGAGGCUGCAGAACUUCGCCUUCCCGUCUACUCCAUGAAAGAUUAGAAAGCAGCCUUGGGAAUGAGCACAUGAAAAUUACUAGUCUUCAAAAAACAGAGCAAAAACGGUUUGCGCACAGAGUAGCCAGCUGGAGGAAGGGGAGAGGAAAUGUCAGUACAGGACAGUUUACAAAAGUUUGCCUGCCUGUUUGCCAAAAUUACUGUACAUGAGUGGCUUGGGCUGAAGUUGUUUUGCAGCCAAUUCCAUCCGCAGGCUGGAAUUCAAAAGUGAAUUUUCAUUUUAUUUUCAAUAUUUAUCAAAAUACUGUAUUUCUUUGGAUUUAAUAAGCAGCUUUUAAAAAAUGUGAAUUAUAUCAGCUGUAGUGGCUGAUAAUUGAUCCCUCCCUUGAUGGUGGUCCUGAAUAAAAUCCCUCUUCUGAAACUGACAGUCACUUUGGCACCAAAAUGCCCCCCACCCAAACAGAUACUAUAUCACAGUAAGGAAGGGCAGGGUUAAUUUUCCCCUUCCUUGCCUGCUUUGAUACUUUUUAAAACACACCCAGCAAGUAAAUACAUUUAAUAUCAUAUAUUAAUUUUGUGUGGUUUUUGAGGCUGUGCCUAGUUUUUGGUUGCUGUUCAGUGGACCCAAAAUCGUCGUUCACUGUGAAAUUGGUUUGCAAGCCUUUGGGCACCAACAUUGCUCUCCAUAAUGGCUGGCAGCCUAAGUCAGAAUCCGUUUCAAAAAGAUGUAAUGUGGUACCUCAGAACAUGUGCAAAGUGCCCCCCCAAAAGGCAGCAACAUUUCAUUACUGGAACAUCUUGCAGCUAUGGAAAGUGGUAAAAGGAAAUACUGGCCGCCCUCUGUCUCCCCCUCUCCUAUUCUGGCAGCUGGCCAGGAGGAUCUGAGUGGCUUGACAGCCCCAAGAGGCCCUGAUCUGAUGGGGCGGCGGCUCAUCCUAAUGAAGAAUGGAGGCAGAGUAAUAGGUGGCAAUUUGUCAGGUUUAGGGAGAUGCAAGGAUCAUGAUGCACAUAAGAAUAAGAAACAUACUCAUUGUAAGUAGCAAGGUUUGGGAGGAGGUUAGUUACAGUCAACAAAUUAAUCUGCAGGAAACGUGAUCCUCAACAUACACGGCCUGAAGAACUGUGAGGUCGGCUCACACAGAUCUCCACACUGACUGGGGCUGACAGGAGUUUCUAAAAUAUCAGAUGCUGUGGGCUUAGGAUGUCUCAUCCUGGCUCGGAAUGAGGAGUGCUGUCUGAUUUUUAAAAAAUAUGGUGGGGUAAUCAUAGCUGGGGCCCUCACGGGUGGUGGGUGGGAGCUGGAGCUGGGUAGGACAUCCUUCGUUCUCUUGCUCCCCCCCCCCCCAUGGAGCCAAGUGUAGUUAUUGGGCCAUAGGAUUCCCAUUGCUGCUUUGGGCCUUCAGGACAGGGCUGUCCAAAGAGGCAGCAGAUUUGCUGACCCACCGAUAAAAUCCACGUGGGGGAAUGGAUGCAGGGGGAAGGGAGAGGACCAGGCUCCACGGCGUGAGAGUGGCACAGUGGGAGGCAGAGUCUUCUGGAGAAGGCGUGGGAACUCUAGAGCCAUUUCUGGAAACUUGCCCUUGCGUGGGCCUUUUCUUCUCUGAAGGGAAUUGCUUUCCUAAGCCAGGAAGGGCUCUUGAUGGUGCUGCACAUCCCUGCAUGCUGUGACUCGAGCAUCUGCUUUUGACGUUGCAGCACCAGUUCUUUAGCUGAACUGUAAUUUUGUACAUUUUUUUUAUCAUCAAGUGGGGUUGGUUUUUCUUGGAGACUGUAAGCUGUGCUCUGGAAGAAAUUAUUCAAAGUGUGGGGUAUACAUUUUCAAAUGAAGUUUGUGCCCAGUUACAAACCUGUGCAGAUGCUAAAAUACUGGUGUCCUACAUUUUGGGUAACCUUGGCAAGUGGCUGUUUGCAAGCCUGGAAGUGUGAGGUGGGGAGGAAUGAAGCUUCCAAAUCCAUUGCCUUGUGUGUCUUUUAGGGUGGCAACUGAUCACAACGUGGACAACACGACAGCUGUGCUUCGGGAAUGGCUGAUGAAUGUACAGAACAUGUAUCACUCGGUGGAGUGGCGACCCAUGGAGCAACCCAGGUGAGCAAACCAGCAUUGUGGGGAAGGGAGGAGAGAAAAGGGGCUUCAGUAUUUGUGGGGAGAGGUGAAGAGAAGGGAAAAGAAAACAGAAACUUGAUUUGAAGAGGGAUCCAAUUCCCAAGGAGAGAGUGAGAACACAGAGACUGCUCUGUGGCUGAGUUCCGCAAACUUGUUUUUUUGCCUUAUGUUUUGCAGACAUAGCCUUGUUGAUGGUCAGCUUGUAGAAAAGGGUGGGGGGAUUGCAUAAGCGAGUCAACUUGGGUAGCCCCACCCCCACCCCGUUCCCCUGGAUGGCUCUGUGCAGCAAGGCAGGGCAUGCACCUCGGACACUGCACCACAGGCACAUCAAAACUGCACAUUGUGGCCACGGAGGAAUGGCCCAAACGAGGCUUCUGGCGAAUGAUACCCUGUGGCCAGGCUGUGUUUACUCUGCAUUUAAAAAUAAAAUGAAUUCAAAUUCUGUGCAAGGAAAAGCAGCUUCUGCUUCUAGUAUAAACUAUGCAAAUUGAACAGAGUUGUGUAGUUUUCUCUUGUUUUACACAAUUCUGCAAUUUGAACUAAAUCUAUUUUACUAGUUGGGAGGAAAGGCAAGAUUCUUUGCAGUGCCAAGACACUGGAAACCUUUACACUGUAAUCCAUUCUACAUCUGCUCAGAAAUAAGUCCUACCAGAUUCCAUGGCACUUGCUCACAGGUAAGUGUGUAAAGGACCUUAGCAGCCUCUUCUGCUUUCAGCACCUACUCUCCCUGUUUUUCAAGCUUAUCUGUGUCAUAAGGAUAAGAGCCAACUGAUGAAGGUCACAAAAUCCCUUGGGGUAGCAAAGUGCUUGCACUAGUGCAAUGGCACUCCCCCCAUCUGUUCUGGGGGGCUCUCCCAACCCUCCAGAGCAGGUUUGGAGAGGGCAUGGGGAUGCAUGGGAGAGGGAGACGUUCUGUAGAAAACCUUGUGCUAGCUGAAGCACUUUGUUGGGUAGCCCCCAUCCCUUGGCAUUUAGCGCAUCUAGAUUCUUCUGUUGGGGCAGGUAGGGUGGGGAAGAAGGUGAUUUCUUUAUGUGACCUCACCCUGAGCCUCGCUGUCCCUGGCAGGUCCUAUCUGGAUGAGGAAGGUCCCAAGCACUGGUCCAAUUCCCGUUAUGAACAUGUCAUGAAGCUUCGCCAGGCAGCGCUGCAGUCUGCCCGGGACAUGUGGGCUGACUACAUCCUGGUAAGGAGAGGCUUGGGGGGGGGGGGAGCCAGGGUGGGGAGCUGCAUUUCUAAGAUCUGAUGACUGACUUCCAGGGACCUUGAUUUAGGGCAUCACUGUAUGCUGUGUGGCAGCCCAGCAGUCGGCACAUCCAGGAGGGCUUUCAGCGCAUGCUAGUGCCCUGCUCAGCCGCACAGCUGAGAGAGAUAAUCUGGAGACCAGUGUGGGCUGCGCAGUUUUAAUUCCCAUGGCUGGGAAACAAGCCUGACUUUUCUAGGGAUACUUCAGUAAACAACUGUGUCAUUUAAUAGUUAUAGUGUUUGGGCUUGGAAUGCUUCCUUUCAAACCAGCCCCAAUUUUUGCUUCUGUCAGAUUGUGCAGCUGUUCCUUUCCCUGUGGUUCAUUCCCUGCGUUAAUUGUAGGUGGGAAGGAUGUUUUUGGAUUUUGGACUUCAGGUAAUAAAACACCUUUGCCGUGAUAAUCCCUCUUCACCCCACCCCAGGCAAAGCAGAAAUCUGAGGAUGAUAAUUCUGACUUCACUUUAUAGGGUUGUUGUAGGGAUUACGGAGAAUGAUGUGAAGCUCUUUGUGAAUAAUUUGCCUAAGCGCUGAGGAUUGUUUUUUUACAUCCCCCACCUCCCAAGGAAAUUUGGGAGAAGUGAGCAGACUUGUUUCCAAGCUUUCAAUACAUUCUGAACCAGGGCCUCCCCUUUGACCUGGGAAGUAGCUUUGGCCAAGCCAAGGGCCCCUGCCUACAACUGACGUUGCACAGAGAAGGGAAGGAUGUGUGUGCCACCAAGAGCCCUAGGGCAGAGGUUGCUAAGAUGAUGGCCUGUGGGUGCAAAGGUGCCCUCACGGCAUUUCCCCUGUUUCUACCAAGCCUCUGAGCCCCCCACCCGUGGUCUUCCUCCUGAGUCAUGAAGUGAUGAGGUCACCCGUCUCUCCUCAGAAAAGUACAUAGAACUGAAAGCGGAAGUUGGUGGAGCAACACUUUACCUCAUUUCCUCUUUCAGCCCUGAGGGCCUCCCAAACCUCUGGAUAAUUCUGCUGCAUCUGACUUUUAACCUUGGGAAAGUGAAGCAUGUAUGUUUGCACUUUUCUCUCUUCCUUUCCCUGGGGGAAGGGAGAGAAGUGAAGUGCGGGGGGUGGGGGAACAGUUGCUGUGACCACUGGCCGAAAAGCUUGGUGGUCCCUCCAUUAGAGAUCUCAAGUCACAGCCCUUGGACUCUCCAUAGGGAAAGGCAGCCUUUCUGCCCCCCGCCCCAGCCCUGCAGUGGGGAAAGAAUCAUAGAAUCAUAGAGUUGGAAGAGACCACAAGGGCCAUUGAGUCCAACCCCCUGCCAAGCAGGAAACACCAUCAGAGCACUCCUGACAUAUGGUUGUCAAGCCUCUGCUUAAAGACCUCCAAAGAAGGAGACUCCACCACACUCCUUGGCAGCAAAUUCCACUGUCGAACAGCUCUUACUGUCAGGAAGUUCUUCCUAAGGUUUAGGUGGAAUCUUCUUUCUUGUAGUUUGGAUCCAUUGCUCCGUGUCCGCUUCUCUGGAGCAGCAGAAAACAACCUUUCUCCCUCCUCUUCUCAAAACCAAAUGUGGUAUUUGGUCAGAACCCUCAAUUUCUUGUAAUAAGAUUUUGGUUGAGGACAAAAGUAACAGAAGAAGAGAGCUCACGGCUGGCCCUUCAUUUCUGGGGUGAGACUGGCUUUGCCACGGCAGUGCCUUGUCCAUUGAUCUUAUCCAGCUCUUUUCUUCUGCCACUUUGCUGUUCUGCAAAUACUGCCAAAUCUGGCAUUAAAGGGAAACUAUCCAAUGCAGAUCACAGCAGGUGAUGCCUUGCCUUGCCUCACCUGAUUCUUCUAGUACAGAGUGGAAUAUCUCUGGGGGCGAUGAUGCCACUUCCCUGUCUCCAAUGCCCCUUCGUGCCCCCUGACCUCCUCAGCCUCGCCUCGCUGGGAGCGCAGCCGACAUUCCUAUGUGGGCUGCUCUUUCCCUUGGUGCUUUUCAGUCCUGGGCAAGCACAACUGGGGUGGGAUUUUGGGAUGGAGUGGUAGAAGUCCAGCUGUUCUCACUGGGAGCCAGCCCCCUUGGCUUGUCAUGCCUUGUACUUCUGUUCUGGAAUUAGGUGCUGGCCUGCAGCCCAGAAUUGCUGGCAGGGAGUGAUUUGUGUGUCUCUGUGCUUCUCGCUAAGGCUGGAGGGAGCUGCCCUGCUCAUGAAAAGCAGAGGCACCUGUUUGUUUGUGGAGACGUCAUCAGGUUUCUUUUAAUCCUAGCAGUACCUUGGCUCUUAGGAGAUAAGCCCACAAUGGACCUCAGUUCCUGCACAAUUCCUCAAAGGAUUUCUUAUGGAAGGAGUUUCCUCGCAUGCUUAAUCUGGCUUUUCUUGUAGCUGUCCUCCAAGCCAAGCAUACCUCCUUCUGUUUCACAGAUGAAAAAAGGGACAUACUCUGCCAUUUGUUUUUACAGCAAUCUGAGUGGUGUCCUCCUUGUGUUACAUGUGCAGAAAAGGGCCUCCUCCACUUUCUGUAUUUUAAUGGCCUCACAAUAUACUGUCCUAUGCUGUUUUAGAAGCUAAGAUGAUGCUGGUGCUUUUAAUUAAAAGGAAAAGCAAACGGGUGCCUCGCACUGCAGACCAAAAUAAAUAUUGCCAGCUGGAAAAUGGCAGGCUGUGCAUUCCACGGAGCCUUAGUGUCUGUGUGCUCACACAUUCACAUCUCUGCCUCCUGCAUAGGAAUGACUAGUAGCUUGAAUGUUCUAGCAUCUUGUGCUACAAUGGUGGUUAUCCCCAAAGCUGCCCUUGCAAGCAAAAUACGGACAAGAAUUUACCAGGAACAGGUACCAGAAUAUCAAAGCCUUGGUCCCUACUAAAUAGUGACCAUGAGAAGGUACAUAUAAUGCCCCUUGGAAAAGCAGCUGCCAUCCGAGUUUGGGGUCCCCUUCCUUCUGAGAAGGUAUAGGGGGCAAUAAGAAAGGUGGGGAGCAACAUGUCUUUCCUUUGCCAAGCAGAUGGCUGACUCCUCACCAUCCUUAUUUUUCCCUUUCACUGACAUCUCAGCUGUUGCCUCUCAUUUUCAUACCUGUCCUGCCUUUCUGAAAAGUUAUUUUUCUGGCCAUUGGAUCUCAAGGCUGCAUCUGCUGGACCAAAAUCUCCUGGGUCCAGAUUUGGCCCAGCAGCUGCCAGUUUAAAAAUGUUGGCGUAUCAUAAGCAUAGGUUAGAAGUUGAGGUCCUAAGACAGGGGCACAGGAAUUUGUUGACUAAGGUUUCUUGCUCACCAGCAACCUUGGACCUUGGGGAUUCACAGCAUUUAAACUGGAACAGCUGCUGUAGAACUGACUUUUCUCUUCUUUUUCUUGCUGCAUAAUUCUGCAGUUUGUGGAUGCAGACAAUCUCCUGACGAACCCUGACACUCUGGGCCUUUUGAUAGCUGAGAACAAGACUGUGGUGGCUCCGAUGCUGGACUCACGGGCAGCCUAUUCAAACUUUUGGUGUGGGAUGACCUCUCAGGUAGGUGGAUCCCAGCCUCUGGUUUAACUCUGUUGUUGCCAUGUGUUCUUGAGACCACAGCCAAAGACUAUGAUUGAGGCAGUAGGCAUGAAGGACUUGGUAUAUCCAUGGCUAAGCACAUUGUCAGCUGACAUGACCUCAACGAUCUUCUGUCCUUCAACAAAUUCAACACAGAGAAAUAUCUACCAGGCAUAUUCUCUGCAACUUCGUUGCCUCCUAGCCAAUACAGUUCUCACUUUUUCAGAAUCUCUCUUUGUGUGUGGAUCAAGGAUGAUGAGCAUCUGCACUCAUUCAUUGAAAAAAUGUUUAUUUAAGAAAAGGAUAUGUUCUUCAAAUUAAGAAUCAAGCACCUAGAGCCAUAAAAAGAUAAUAAGGUAUUUAUACACAGGUUAAAAUUAAAUCCAUGCUUGCACAUUUCCUUGAAAUAUUCUCUGCUAUAGAUAUGCAAGAUAAUGAGGUUAUGCAUUUUGUUGCAACAGCUAUGACAUGAACCAAGAAAGCAAGUUCUGACUUUACCCUAUUGGAAAAGUGUAAACAUCAAUUGAUUUCAAAACAUUGCGUGUCUAUGGUGUGUUUUUGGAAACAGUGGCUUCUUUUUACAGUACAUGGUAAAAGAGGACCAAUAUCUUCUGAAUUAUUUUUGCUAUCUUUUUUCUUUAGAUCUAAUACAAUGUGUUUUCUCUAAAAUAAUGAGUUAGUUUAGCUAUUGAGGCAAGUCUUUUGAAAACCGUGCAGCUAGAGCUCUUAAGUGCUGUCAUCAUGUAUGAGACUGUUUUUUUAUGCUCCUGCCUUAAAGGUAAAGGGUAAAGGGACCCCUGACCGUUAAGUCCAGUUGCAGACAACUCUGGGCUUGUGGUGCUUAUCUUGCUCUAUAGGCCGAGGGAGCCAGCGUUUGUCCGCAGAGAGCUUCUGGGUCAUGUGGCCAGCAUGACUAAGCCGCUUCUGGCGAACCAGAGCAGCACACGGAAACGCCGUUUCUCCUGCCUUACUGUUCAUAUAAUUCAGCACAAAGACUCCUUUUGCACAUGAUGCUGAAGUGUUGCAAGUUUUCCUAGGCUGGGCUCUAUUCCUGCUUCUCUUUGCAGGAAAUCUCAUGUGGAAUUUCCCUUCUGCUUCUCCUAGGGCUAUUACAAGCGCACGCCUGCUUACAUCCCCAUCAGGAAGCGAGACCGCCAGGGCUGCUUUGCUGUUCCCAUGGUGCACUCCACCUUUCUUAUCAACCUGCAGAAAGAGGCCACUCGGAGCCUUGUCUUCUACCCACCCCAUCCGGAUUACACCUGGGCAUUUGAUGACAUCAUCGUCUUUGCCUUUGCCUGCAGGCAGGCAGGUGAGUCAAAGCCCUGUCUUCGCUCACAGAGAAGGAUGCCGUCUUGGUUUGUGUGUGUUGGCCUCGCAGAGGCAUCUGUUUGUGAGGAUCAACAAGAUUAAUUGAGAUGGUUUUUCUUUGUUGAGCUGCCUUGCAGACAAUUCUUCAGCAUAGCUGCAUACUUUCCCUUACUUUGCCUUGGAAAAUAGGGACGCAGGAAGCUGCCUUAUGCCUAGUCAUACUGUGAUUUCAGCAUUGCAGGAGGUUGGAGCAGAUAGUCCUUGUGGUCCCUCCCAACAUUGCGUCUCUAUGAUUCUAUGAAACUAUUUGCCAGUCUAAUUCAGCAUUAUCAACAGUGACUGGCUACAGCUCUCCGAGGUUUCAGGCAAAAGUCCUUCGUAGCCCUGUCUGGAAACACCCAGGAUUGGACCUCAGGGUUUUUGCUUGCAAGACACGUCCUCCACCAUUGAGCCACAGUAUUUCUUCAGCCCCCAACUUGUUGCCUGCUAGAAACUCUCCAUUCUCAUCACAUACAACUGCUGCUCUUUGAAGUCAGGAGAAGAAGAUUGGAUAGCCCCAUGCUGCUCCCUGCCGUUAGGAAAUAGCACCCUGUGGAAAUUACUACUCCAGAAGUGGGGAACAUCUGGCCAGGGGGUCAGUCUUACCUUCCCUGGGGAUGCAGUUUGGCCCAUGAAGCCAUUUCCCCCCCAACCACACCCUCUGAUCAAUCAGCUGGCAUCACUCAUGGCAAGGGACAAGAGUGUGGAGUUCAAGGGAUGUCUCUCCCAGGCAGCUGCUGUUUCCAAAAGGCCCAUUGCCUGCACAUGGGACUCAAAACAGGAGGAGUGGAGAUUGUGCUGGACUCCAGUUCCCUUCAUCCCGGACUGUUGGCUGUCAUGAUGGAGUGGAUGGGAAUUGUACUCCCACAACAUCUGGAGGACCACAGGUUCCCCAUCUCCGCUUUAAAUAUUGCUGCACCUGGGAUAGUGUUGCCAUGGAAUGGGCAACCAGGUGGCAGCAUGGGCAAGGGGAAGCAGAUCUACUUUGCUACCUGUCUGCUUGCUUGGGGCCAGUUCAGUUCAGCUGAGGCAAGUGCCUUCUAAACAGAAACACAAAUCCAUGAAUCCAAGGAGGCAUUCCUGGGAUUUCCAGGCACAACCAGUUCUACUUUGAUCUUUGCUCCUCACCGUAACUAGGGCUAUAUGUUUUCCAUGCUAGCAACAACAAAAAACAAAAAAUAGAUGUGGAUUUCUGCAAGCUAUAUAAAUGGGGCAUCUUGAGGGGGAAAAAUCAUAAAUUGGUCUUAUUUUGCAUACUUUGUUCUUCUGUGUUUUAAUAUUUUGAAUUUUUUGCUCUGGGUUUGUUGGUCAUGGGAGAGGCAAGGGUGCUGAAGCUGUGCCCCAACCACAGAAAACUAGAAGCUUUGAAAAAGAAGAAAAGCUUCCCGAGAGUCCUGGGAAGCUGACUUCAGCACCCCUUCCUACAUUUUGAGCUCCUGUAGAAUUGCAUGUAGCCCAAAUAGUGCAGAUUCCUUGGGCUGGUUCUCCACCUAGUUUUAAAUCUUUGAACAGGGUACUGGAGCAUUUUGUGGACUGCCAAGUGUACUAUCAGAAUUUAUUUUAAUCACCAAUUAGCCCAACUUCAUGCAUAUGGAGGUGAAACGUAACAAUGGCCAUGACUCCUUGACUUGGAAAGGAUACAGAGAGGGGUCUGUUGCUGCUGCUGCCCAAUGACAUCUUGAUUUUGUGUGCUUCCUUUUGUGGUUCCUCCCUGCUUUGUUUAGAAGUUCAGAUGUACGUGUGCAACAAAGAGGUGUAUGGCUUCCUUCCCGUGCCUCUGCGAUCCCACAGCACCCUCCGCGACGAGGUGGAGAGUUUCAUGCACGUGCAGUUGGAGGUGAUGGGUGAGUUCUAUGUGACUCUUGGCCAAAAGUUAGCAAGGCCUUUGCAAGUUGUUGUUUUAAACCAAAGAGGAGAUUUUUAUAAACAGACACCAGAUUUUACCUUGUGUAAGGGUUAAGAGGAGGGUUAGAAAACUACCCUGGGGUGGGGGCUGUGCAUAUUAUUGAAUACAUCGUGAUAAGAGUUUCAACAAGGUGCUGUGUUUCCUGCUUUGUUUGCUCUCUCCCUCCUCCCUCCUAAGCAGAUCUAGGGUUACCAUAUUUCAAAAAGGACACCCCAAAAGUUUUGAGCUUUUUUUUUUUAAGGAAACCACUGGAAUUGUUGAGCUUAGGAACUCUAUCGGCUUCAGUGGAGUCUUUCCAGUGAUUCAGUGGCAAAGUAUACAGAAAACAUAAAUAAAGCACUGGAAAGCUCUUCUUUCUUCCUCACACUCACCCCCACCUGUGGAAAAAAAGAGGGGGAAGAGUUUUCGUUUUUAUUUUCUGCGGGUGUUUAUGUUGUUGGUUCCCCCUAAAUAGCUUUCCUCCAUAUUAAAAAGGAAGGGUUUUUUUGUUUUUAAGGAGACUAUCUUUUUGCUUGUUUGCCCUCCCUCCCUGCCUUUGAUAAAAAGAGAGAGAGAUUGGUGGGAUGAGGGCUUUUGGGGGGGGGCCUUCUGGGGGGGUGGAGGGGAGAAGAUUUAGCUGGCUGCCUUAUGCUGAAAUGGGAGGUUGGGUACUAUGUGAGCAUGAUGCUAAGGGUGUUUGUUGGUAAGCAGUUUGUGUCUACUCACAAACAAGUCCUACUGAAUUCAAUGAGGCUUACUCCCAGGAAAGGAAAAGUAAGUUUAGUUGAAUUCAGUGGAGCUUAUGCACGCAAAUAUUCCACUUAGACCUCUGAGUGGGAAAGCAGAUGCAACUUGACUAGUAAAUCACAAGCUACUCUUUAAAUUGGUUGAAAAUAUAUUAGAUAUAUUAUAUGGAAGUUUAUUUCAUAUUUUCAUCUGCUACUUCCUUGCAUUUUAAGGCCCUCCACCGCUGCAGGGAACCUCAAGGCCCUCGGCGGCUGCAGGGGAAGUGAGGUGCACCCUCCACUGUUCCGGGGCCCCCCAGCAAAGCCCUCUGCCGCCGCAGAUAUAUUGAGAUAUUGUGAUAUUUAGCUGGUGAUAUAUUGUGAUGUUGAAAACCAGAUAUCACCCAGCCCUACUUAGGGGAGAGUGAGGAUGGCUUACUUUUGGCAGAGCUUUUGACAUCUUCACUGAUGGUUUGCUAUAGGAAGGGCUCUGCAUGCUUCUGGGCUAUUAAGUAAUCAGUUAAUCAAUUAAUUUUGGCACCUGGGCAAUCCCUGGUUGUGGGCUGAUAAAGGCAAAGUUAUGUGACCCAGAUACAUGUAUGCACUUUGAGCAAAGUGGCAUGCUUUUUCCUGUUUUGCAAUUCUGCCUUGGACAAUCACGGAGAGACUGAACAGGACCCUCAGCUCCUAAGCCAUGUGGCUAUUUGGUUUGGUCAUCUGAUCUGUUGUGCACAUUUCUAAGAGUAGAGGAAAGUUUAUGUAGAUGCAUAAUGAAACCUUGGGGUCAUCCAAUUGUGGGGAGUACAAAACCAAUUUGCAGUUUAAAGAGCCUGGCAUCCUCUUCCUCCUUAUGUCUGGUAGCUAAGUGAACCCUCCGGGUUCAGAGACAGAGACUGCUGGGGGAAGUGGGCACUGGCCGUGGGGCAGGGGCUUUCCAGAGGUGUCUGUCUGGCGAUUGCUGGAUGCAGGUCGCUGGGAGUCCUGGACUUGAUGGGCCUCAGUGCCAUACGCAAGAGCUCUUCUGAAGCUCUCUUCUGAUGCAGAAUCAUUCUGCAGAAUCACCUCAAAAAGGAUGUUGUAGAGUUGGAAAAGAUUCAGAAAAGAGCUGCCAACGUGAUCCAGGGGAUGGAGCGACUCCCCGAGGAAGAAAGGUUGCAGCAUUGGGGAUGUUUUAGAGCAGGGGUCCUCAAACUAUGGUCCGAGGGCCAGAUCCAGCCCGCCAGGGUUCUGAACUCAGCCUGCCUGGCAGGGGCAAACAAAGGGGGGCAGGGGGAGGCGGCCUACAGCGAGCGGCAAAGCGUUCUGACUGAAUGCAACGAAAGCAUUUGGCUACAACUCCGUGCUCGGCCUAAUCAUACUCUCUGGCUGCAUUGCAUGCUGGGAUUCGUAGUUUCCUGCUAAGGCAGAGGGGUGUCUCUCUCUCUCCCUCCCUCCUCCUGCAUUUCAAGCGUUCUGCAGAACUUUGCUCCUGACCCCUCCGCCUUCCUAUAGUUGCCCACUCCCCGCUAAGGCAGAGGCGCCAGCCGGGCAAUGGUACCGCGGACCCUCUGGCUCUGGACUCUCCGUUUCGCAGGCGCAGCCACGCCGCUUAGUCCUCAGAGUCCCCUUGCGGAGAGGCGGGGGGCCGCAUGGUGCCUGGGUCGCCAUGGCAGCUUGAGAGCGCUCUCCUCCCCGCAGGGCAGGAUUCCAUGGGCUGGAGGCGGAGGCCCCAGGCGAAGCCGGAGCGAAAGGGCAGCCUCUCCCAACAAGCAGCCAGCUCUUGCAACAGGAGGAGGAGGAGGAAGAGGCCUUAUACCGAGCCAGAACAUUGCUCAGUAUUGCCUACCCUGGCUGGCAGCAGCACUCUGGGGUUUCAUGCAAGAGGCUCUCCCAACGCCAUCUGGGGAUGCUAGGGGUUGAAUUUGGGACUGCCACUGAGGUUUUAUUUAUUUAUUUAUUUAUUUAUUGACUUUAUAUACUGCCCUAUACUCAGAGGUCUCAGGGCGGUUCACAGAACAAAAUCUAAAACCACAAUUAUAUAUAUAAGCAAAAUAAAAACAACCCAAUAACAUCUCCCCCCCCCCCAAAAAAAAAGAACCACAUUUUAAAAGGGCAUAGGAUGUCAAUCAAAUCAACCCAAAGCCUGGCUAAAAUGAAACGUUUUUGCCUGGCGCCUAAAGGUGUAUAAUGAAGGCACCAUUUUUUUUAAACUAUAGUCUGGCCCCAACAGUGUCUGAGGGACAGUGAACUGGCCCCCUGUUUAAAAAGUUUGAGGAUGCCUGUUUUAGAGAAAAGGUGAGUCUCCUAUCGUGGAGAGAGGAAAGUUGAAGCUGAAUGUUGGAAGGUUUAGGGCAACUAAAAGAAAGUCCUUCUUCCCACAACACACUGUCAAACUUGCUACUCCCAGAGACAGCCAUAUCACCGACUUGGAUGGCUUUGAAAGAGGAUUAGGCCCAUUCAUGGAGGGGGGUGGGAGGGCUGUUGAUGGCUCCUAGCCAGGAUAGCCAUUCUGGAGGCAGCAAGGCUUCCAAAUAGCAGUUGAGCUCAUGUUCUGCUUCCUGGUUUCCCUCAGUGGGCAUCUGGUUGGCUGUUGUGAGACCAGGAUGCUGGACUAGACAUUGUUGGCCUGAUCCAGCCGGCUCUCUGUACUUCCUGAUGCUGCCUUGGGCAAAGCUUUGCUUCUCAGCCUCUGUUCCCUGGCCGUCAAAGGGGAAAUGUAUUUGGCCUACCUCCCAGGGGUUGCUGUGAAGACAGCAUAUAAAGGUACAAAAGCAACUUAAGGUUAAGCUAUAGCUGGGAGUAAACCUCACUAAAUCAUCAAUCUAUUAUUAUUAAUUAAUUAAUUAAUUAAUUAAUUAAUUAAUUAAAGUUAUAUUCUGCCCUUCAUCUGAGCACCACAGGGCAGUUUACAGUAUAAAAACAGAAAUAUAAAAGUGUAACAGACAAAACAACCCCAGCCCAGACACAAAGUUUGAAAUGCCACAAAUUGUUUAAUCUGCCUAAAACCUGGUUAUAGAUGAACAGUUUACUUGUUGCCUAAAGAUAUGCAACGAAUGUGCCAGGCAAACCUCCCCGGGGCAGCCUUCCUCAAAUGGGGAGCCACUGCAGAAAAGGCCCUGUUCUUAUGUGGCCACCAUCCUCUCGCAGAGGAGCACAGGAAGAAGGGCCUCCAAUGAUAAUCAACAUGGCUUCCUUUUGCAUAGGCAUGCAUAGGACCAUGCUGCAAAAAGUGCCACUGAAAUUGCAGGACAUUGGACCAGAGCCUUUCUGCCCUGGCUCAUGCUUUCUGCUUCUCCAGUUCAAGGCAGCCUGACCAGCCCCGCAUGACCUGUGUGAAGCCUCUCAGAGGAGCCUCUGCCAUCAAUGGUGCUUGUGUGUAGCAGUCACCCCGCCUUUGGGUUCUGGAGGAGUGUGCUGAACUCCGUCCCUUGGGGAUGAUUCACAGUCGCUCUUUGUACAGGGCUGCAGCUACACAAAGGUCCUUUCACUAAAUUUGACUGCCCUUAAAGGCAAAAUGGUCACCUCUUUGAGAAGGUGACUGAGGUGGAAGGUAGGAGAGUUCCGUGUGCAACCCUCUUUUCAUUAAUAACUGCUUGUUUUUCGCUAACCGAAAGGGGCAUUCUCUGUGCUGACCUUCCCUUGGGAGAUUUCUUCGAAGGCAAAACUUCUGUAAGUAGCAGAUGGCUUGUGGGCCCCUAGAGCCCAUUCAAGGGUGCUGCUUUUGAGGUGGACUGUACCGCCUCAGAAUGUACAUGGCUUGGCUGCCACGCCAAAAACCUUUCUGCAUGUGGAAAGGUACUGUGUCAGGGAGAAAACGUUUAGUUUCUCAACAUUUGCCUUUACCAGUGGAGUGGGAUUUGUUUCAGGCAUGUUUCUGCUGCUAUGGACAACUGGUUUCGGUUCUUUAAAGUUGCAUCCUCUUUGUGUUGAAACAUGGGGGAUGAUUUUUGUUAUUUGUUUGGCAAAACACAGCACUGGUUAUUUCAUGGGCAAAAUAGCAGUGUCUGGUGUCUGAAUAUAGAAGCCUUCUAAAAACAAGACUUUGGAGGGUAAAGAGACAUUCCUGCUCCCCAACUCCCACCCAGCUGCUCCUUCAGAUCUUUUCCUUUGGCAGGGCAGGAUCUCGUCUUCUGUGCUUCCAUGGAAUGCAAAUGUGCAAAAGCACAUUCACGUAAGAAGAAGAAGACCUUGCCUUUGCUGCCAGGCACACUUUCAUCCUUCUGGAAUGUAUCUGUGAGGAGUGGGACAGUCAAGUCUGUUGAAAAUAGUGGUUGAAAAAGGUUGUGUGGAGGAAGAUUUUUCUUUUUUUUAAAGGAAGAACUUGGAGUUAGAGGAAGAUAUGUCAUCGAAGCUUCUAGCCCACACUGAGAGCCAGCCUUGUGCCCAAACCCCCUCACCCACUCUCCAGGAAACGGCCAAGGGCACAUUUCAACUUAGCCUUGAAUCUGACUAGAAGAUAUUUGGGGUAAUCUUGAACCCAAGCUACAGUGAUAAAAUAUUGGCCAGGGGAUGAGAAAAGAAAACCAUGAAACCUUAGAAAUGUAAGGAAAUAAAUUUAAAAGGUCUUUAGUCUCCCCCCACCCCCAUAUGCUUGUCAUUUGCAGCCAGAGGGCAAGGGGCAGGGACUUUUUGAAAUGUCCUUGCCUGGUUUCCUGGAGAUCUAUUUACAAAGUUAGUGUAAACUCAGAGGGAGUGAACUGUCUUCCUAGGGCUCUUGAGAAGUCAAAAUUGCAUUUUGCUAAGGCUAGACUGGCCCUCCAGAUGUUGCUGAACUACAAUUCCCCUCAGCCCCUACCAGCACUGCCAGGGGUCAGGGAUGAAGGGGGUUCUAGCCCGGCCACAUCUGGAGGGCCACAAGAUCCCCAUCCUUGGGCUAAGAAGAAAAUCCAUUUUAAAAAUCCACCUAGACACCUCUUAGUGGUUCUCAGAGGGUGUGGCAGAGAGGAAGGCAAGUGUGGCAGGAAGAUUCAAGGACGAACAAAGAAAGAGUUAAACAUUUCAGUAUAGUAUAGUAUUAAAAUAUUUUUUAUAUCUAUCCGUGCCUCUCUUCAAGAGUAUAACUGUUUUUCUACAGUUCUCUGCAACAUAUUGUUGUGAACAGGGAUCGUCAGCUCUGACAAAUAUGAAAGAUCAGAAAAGAGAAAGGCUUCUUUGUGCUGAUGAGGAGAUCAGUUUGUUUGUAUCAAAUAAGAUCCAAUAUAAAUAAGUUUACUGGGCAAAAGCAAGUUCACACCUCUCUUUGAGUUUGUAUACAUACUUAUAUUUUGGGAAUGAUUUGUGUUCUUAUGUGGCUGCAUUGUUUUAUGCUUUCUAGAUUCUGCCUGAUCAUAUUAUAAAGUAGUUGUGUUCUAUGUUAUAAUCAAGCACUUUUUGUUUUCCAAUGUAUUUCUUAUCAAUAAAAAAAUCAGUGUGGUGUGAGCAAUUUCCCCCCUGAAAGUUUGGGAGACCCAGUGCUGCAGGACUACAUGGUGCACUGGGCAUUCAUGGGGAACAAUUUAUGUAUGUGACUCCACAUCGAAAUUUAGGGUGCAGAUUUAUUAAUGUGGCUUAGAAAUGUCUUCACGGACCAGAGGCAGCUCUUGGGGGAUUCAGAAUGGGAGUCUUUUCCAGCCCUACUUGGAGAUGGCAGGGACUGAACCUGGGAUCUUCCAUGUGUCAGACAGAAGCUCUGCCGCUGAACAAUGGCCCUUCCCAGCAUCUGACACGAGGCCAAGAAUCUGGGGGGAGCUUGUCAUAAAAUGCAUCUCUGCUCUUCCUUUCCUUAAAUGAAAACCUGGUGACAGGUCACGUGACCCACCGCAUGACCCAGUUUUGUCUUUCCCUACAGUUAAAAACCCUCCAGUGGAAUCUUCUCGAUACCUAUCUGUGCCUCCUAAAAUCCCGGACAAGAUGGGAUUUGAUGAGGUGAGGAAAAACAAGCAGACCUGUGUGAAUGUGCUUGAACAGCAUAAUCUAAGUUACAAGAUUUAAGCAGAGAACAGAAUUUGACCGACCCUUGAUUGUCAUCAUCUCCACCAUCAUGUGCAUCUGCUUCCAUGGGGUCUGGGCGAUUUCCUUUGGGUUUGGGCUAGUAGAGGGCAGUUUGAGGGACAUUUUCAUUGGUGGGCUGUGAUGCUGCUGCCUUCAGUCACCCUGCCUUCUGAAAGCCAAGUUGCAGACUUCGCUAGUUCUCUGACUUCUGGAGCCUUCUUUGUUCAGCUCUGCAGAUAGAUCUUAGAGUGUAGUGCCAUAGGGGAAAUGUCUAGACAUGAGAGAGCUGGUGCCAGAAUCCCAAGGGGAUGAGAGUGGACUGUACCACUUCAGACUACAGGUGUGUGUUGCGAGUGUGGAGAGGAAGAUCGCCUUUUAUAAUGCCCCUUGCAUAAAAGAAAACUUCCUGCAAGCAAAAAGGUUGCAGCCCAGCUUAUUUCCUGCUUUGCUACUUGGCCAUUUGCAGGGAGCUCAGCAUCUUCUGCCUACAGUCUGAAGUGAUUCAGAGUCCAUUCUGACUCUCUCCUCAAAGCUCUGCUAUGUCCUUCAGUUGCCUGCAUAGCUGUGGCAAAGCCUGGGGCGCUGCUUUGCUCCCUCCUCUGCCUUUCUGCCAUGGUGGGCCAUUGCUCUGCAUUCUUGACGCCGCAAUGCUUCCUUUCCCAGGUCUUCAUGAUUAACCUGAAGCGUCGGACCGACCGCCGGGAGCGGAUGCUGUGGGCGCUUUAUGAGCAGGAGAUAGACUGCAAAGUGGUUGAAGCUGUGGAUGGCAAGUGAGUGCCCGCCUGGGACACAGACAAAAAGCCUCAGAGGGAGAAGGGCGAGUGUUCAGGGUGGAAUAGGGUGCUUGACCUUAGCCAUACCAAUAUCCUGUGUACUUAGGGGCCCAAUGGUGUUGUAGUGGAAUGGGCUCACACUCGCCAUAUCUAAAAGGAGGGGCUGUAGCUCGGGAUUGGAGCCCCUGCUUUGCAUCCUGCAGAAGGUCUUGGAUCUGCAGUCAAAAAGGCUCUGGGGCAGCAGGUUUGACGUGAAGGGUCUUCUGCCUGGGACCCCCGAGAUCUCCGGCCAGUCGUGGCCAAAGCAGAAACUAAUCUGCCCAAAGACAACACCCUGUGCUCUUUAUCUUCCUUGUUUAAUCUUCGCUUGCACAGAGCAAAAGAUAUUGCUGCCAAAUUGCUCACAGAAAGUAAGAAAUAAUAGGGGAAGUGAAAUCUUGCAUUGGAGAAACUUCAGCGGCUGUAGAAAGAAGUAGGCAAGCUUUUGAGUGGCACACAACCCUGCUUCUUGGGCUUGACUGCUUUUCUGUUCUGUUCAGUGAAGAACUCUGUGCUGGCUGGAAGCUUCUGCACCAACAGAAGUUGAUCCAGGGAAAGAGAAUUGUUUUCUUCUUUCUGCAUUAUUUUUCACCCUAGAUCACACAGCCAUAUAUCUUUGGCAUGUAUCUCUGCCGCUCUCUUCAUGAAUAGCUUGUGUUCUACUGACUGUCCUUUAUUCUUUCAUUCCAUCUGUCCUCAGAGCAAUGAACACCAGCCAGGUGGAAGCCUUGGGCAUUAAGAUGUUGCCAGGUUACAAGGACCCAUACCAUGGGCGUCCACUCACCAAGGGGGAAUUGGGUUGCUUCCUCAGCCACUAUAAGGUUUGGCAAGAGGUAAGUGAUGCUCAUCAUGUCAGACAGCGGCCAUUUUUAAAUUAUUUAUUCAGGGGCGGUUCCAAGAUGGCAACGGCUUAGCAAGCAGGCUUCGAAGCUCCGCAGAUAACAGGACUGUAAUUGGUGCUGGAUGCUACCCAGGGAAGUAAUAUUUCCUUUUUCUUUUUUUUACUUCUCUACUUUUAAACUUACCAACCUAUUGGGAUUCUAUCAGCACCCUCUUAUCUAUGCUAUGAGAAACACCUUGGGCAAGUUCUGUGAAGCAUCCUGGGCAGGCCGCCAGCUGCUAGCUAUUAACCGCCAGCUCCCUUUUAUACUUUGUUCCUGAAACUCCUGGCAGUCACCUCACAGAUAAGCUCUUAAAUUGAACAAACUGAGCACUUUCUAUUUUUUCUCUCUUCUUCGAUUAAGGAAACCUCUCCUUGUUUACUCCCCACCGCAACACUAUGCCUGCUAGUAAACGCUACAGGGACCCGGAGGAAGCAGCUCUCUCACCAAUCUAAUUAGAUUCCAAACAAUCUAAAAUGGAGGACUUUUUUAAACAAAUCUGCUUUUACAGUUCCAACAAAAAAAUGAUUUUCUCUCCUUAAAGAUGCUUAUGAAUAUGGGGAGAAUACUGGAUCCAACAAUGGGGCAGGUUGACCCUGUGCCUCUAAGAGAGGAAGGAAUAACAAGUAGGGAGAGCACCCAAUUAACUCCAAAUUCAAGAACGGUUGAGCAUAUCUUUCAACAAAUUGGAGGUAUUGCCUCUCAAAUAACCCAAUUAUCCAAAGAGGUCCACAGUUUAUCAGUUAAUAACAAGCAGGCACUAACAGAACACCAAAGUACCAAAGUGAAAUGACAACAACAAGAACAGACCCCUAAGCUCGACGUAGAACGCGCAGAGGCUCUUAAAACAAACUCUUCUUAUUUAAUCUUCCAACCAAAAAAGAUCUGCAUGACAGUUUGUGGAACGCCAGAUCAAACUCCUAACUGGAAAGGUGCCUAGCGUUCCAAACGACAUUUAUCAGGCUUACUUGGCAUUGGACUUACAGAGAUCGACUUAGUUUGGACUGAACUCUUGAAUACCACAAACCAAAUCCAAAAAUUAUGUUAAUGUCAAACAGCAAGGCAUAGUCUGUCUUUUCAGGAGAUUAGGUCAUCUGUUCCCAACCAUGAAACUCUUUCAAAACAGGUGUAUAUGUGUGGUUCUGCACAAGCAGUUAAGGACUGCAAGACACAGUACUUGGCACAGAAUCCAGUUCCCAAAGAAUCUCCCCUUUCAUCGGGGGAGUAGGCAAGCUUCCAAUCCUCCUAGCUAGGCUUCAAAGUUUGGGGCCCAUGGGGUUGAGAGAUCUCUCUGUAGGACAGGGAUGAGGAACAUGUGGCUCUGGGGUGAUGAUGGGCUACAAGUUCCAUAAUCCAUUUCCUCAUGUUGCCUGGGGCUGCUGGGAAUCUGGAGGGCCACAGGUUUCCCAUUCCCACUAUAAGAUUUCCAGAAAGUGUGUGGGGCUUGUGUACCAUUCCAUGCCUAAUUUACAUAAUUCACACAGGUUGCAGAAUUCAGCAUUUUGUGUUGCAGAAUGUGGGUUAAUGUGGCACGGGAUUUCAGUGAGUGGAUGUUUUAAAAUGGUAGUCGGUAAACACAGUGCCUUCUCUGGCCUUCUUGCAUACUGAAGAGCUCACGUAAGUGGCCUCCUUCCAUGUGGAGCCUAUUGAAUGCUGCAGAUUAGCUUUCUGGAAGUGACUAAGAUCUGGAAACAGAAAUGCCUUUCUACAGAUGCAGAUCUGCAACCUUCCAUUGGUCUCCUCAUCCUUUUUGAAAUGGGUGAAAACGGUUCAGUUUAGGCAACAAUUGUAUUAUUGUAUUAUUGGCCCAAGAUACAGAUAUAAAAGGAGAUGAAGCAAUAUGCAUUGGACCAAUUUCCAUCAGUGGAGAAACAUGGGGGCUUUAGUGUUACACAGAAUUCCAGAGCUGUCCCUGUUGUGCUGGCACAAGUGGGAUGCUGGCCUUAUUUUGGCAGAAGAGCCAGACUUAGGGUCUGCUGUGUGGCCUUGCUUGCUUGCAGUCUUCCAAAGCAGCAGGAAGGAAUCCCUUAGAACCGGAUUUCACUGCAUUUGUAGUAUGUGCUGCCACCUCUUGGGCACAUUGGAUUAUUACAUCAGCUAGAAUAUGGAAAACAUUCAUGGUGUGAUGAUCUAGAAAGGAAAGGGACCUUUGGGGGAUAUUUGCCACUCAAAAUCUGAAUGCCAGUUUUGUUUCCCUGCUCUGGGAGGCAGAGCUACAUACAAUCUUACAGGGCUUUGUAUAUACUGUGGUUCUGAAAGACUGCAGAAAAAGAGUGCUGAAGGUGGCAUUGAGAAUACUAUCCGCCUUCUGAGAAUACAAGCUUUCAUUUUUAAAAAUAAAAAAGCAAGUUUCUAGACCAGCCUUCCCAAUCCUUGUGUCUUCCAGGUGUUGUGCUGAUGGGACUGAUGAGAGUUGAAGUAUCUGAAAGACAAAAGGCUGGGAAAGGCUGGUCCAGACCCAGCAGAGCUACCAGUUGCUGGGGGUGGGGUGGUCUCAUCAGUCCCCUACAUGACUUCUUGCCCCUCUCUGUGACCAUCAAAUUCAAGCCAAGCAGCCAAAAAUAACUUGGUCCAAGAAAGAGCAGAUUUAACCCCUUGAGCACCUUAGUGAAAAAAACAGGAUGGAAAUAUUUUCAUUAAAUAAAUGAAUCAAUAAACAGUGACGUGUGCUGAUUUUUGCUAGGUUGUUGAGAGAGGCCUGGAGAAGUCGGUGGUGUUUGAGGAUGACCUGCGCUUCGAGAUCUUUUUUAAGCGACGCAUGAUGAACCUCAUCUAUGACUUAGAAGAGGAGGGCCUGGACUGGGAUUUGAUGUAAGUACGGAAGUGCUGACUCGGGCAGCGGGAAGUCUUGGCAAAAGCAUCCUUCAGUGGGGAAUCUUGUAUGGCAGAGUUGGGCAACAUUUUUGCUUCUGGGGGAUUCAUGUGGGCAGGAGCGGGGAGUUAAGGGACCAGCAUCCUCCCUGCUCCCUUUCACAUUUACACGAGUUGGGUGGCCAUCUGUCAUGGAUGCUUAACUUGAGGUUCCUGCAUUGCAGGGGGUUGGUCCCUCAGGGUCCCCUCCAACUCUAAGAUUCUAUGAUAUCUGCCCUGCCAUUCACACUCAUAGGCACCUAGUUCCCCCCAUGCCUUUCACUCCUGUUCACCUGCCUCACACACUCACACUUUAAUCUCUGCAGCACUGUCUGCCAGGAACCCCAUUAGCAGUGCAGGGACAGCAACCUUUUCCCUGCUGAUGGCUGAUGGCUGAGCAGCCGGGGGGGUGGUGCCCUGGGGCUUGGUGGGCUGCAUGGAGAGCAGUGGAGGUCUGCCUGCAGGCUGCCCCCAUGUGAUUCAAAGGGAAGAAGUGUCAUGAUCUCAAUCUCUGCUUGCCUUUAGUUACAUUGGCCGGAAGCGCAUGCAAGUGGAGCAUCCUGAGAAAGCCGUGCCCCACAUCCGUAAUCUGGUGGAAGCGGACUACUCCUACUGGACCUUAGCCUACGUCAUCUCCCUCCAGGGGGCCCAGAAGCUCCUGGACGCCCAGCCCCUCUCCAAGAUGCUGCCUGUGGACGAAUUCCUACCUGUCAUGUUUGACAAACACCCUGUGUAAGGUUGGGGCUGGGAGGGGAAGAGGGGCCUGUGGCCUUGGGCAGGAAGGAGCAGGGUACUUUGAUUACUAACACACCCUUGGCACAUGAGAUGUAGCUUCUUAAAAGAGGGAGAUAGAGAGGAGUCCCUUGCUGUUUUCUGUUGGAUAGAAAUUGUUGGCAUUCAUCUGUCUCAAGACAAUAGAAUUCAAAUGGCCAGGGCCUGCUCUAGCUGCAGAGUCUUGUGACUUGUAACUGCUGCCUCCUGCAUUGCUUUUGCUAUAUUAGCAGCACCGAAGUGACCUCCCUGGGACACACCUGGGCAGUGUGUAUGAAGGACCUGGGAUGCCCAGGCAACAAGACCUCUUGGCCUCGCUGAUGUGGUCCAAAGGAAAGCAGAUCAAGACGUUUGGCACCAGCUGGACUGCAGUAGUUGCUGGAAGGAGGCAUACAAGGCGCCAUCCAGUACACUCCACUCCAGAUUUGUGUAGCGUUUACUCCUGAGCCUUUUCUUCUCCCAAAUAUGUAUCACAAGGCAGCAGGUAAUAGUUGUAGGCCCUCCUGAUUUACAGAAGGAUUUUAAGUGGCAGCCUGUUGGGCCAGAAGGAUGGCCGUGUCUGAGCUUCCUUCCACAGUCCUGUCGCACACCUUCUCUUUAGUUUGGCAUGGACACCUUUGCUUCUGUUUGGACACCUCAUCUGUAGGUUCUGUCCUGGCAUGUAUUUCUUGCUUGGAAAAUGGUUUUUGCUCUCUUGCUCCCUUGCCUUGUUCCAAGUUGGUUUCUAUCUUCUUUGGCCAUGCCAUCUAUCUGAAGCCAAGAACACUGGGCAGCUGAAGUGGAUUUCCCUCAGUGUGGUUAGAUCAGGGGUAGCCAGUUCAAGAGGUUGCUGGACUGCAACUUCCAUCGUCCCUGACUGUUGGCCAGGCUGGCUGGGGCUGAUGGGAGCCAGAGUCCAAGCAUCUGGACAGAGUCCAAACAAUGUUCAAAACUCCCAUUGUUCUAGGCACAUUUUGAGAUACAGAAUUUCAUCAGCGCAAGCAGUUUCUGAGCUCUGGGCACAGUACUGCACCUAAGAUUUCAGAUUAGAACUGCAGAGUGGAAGGAAAGGAGGACCUUUUUCUGCCUCCCUCUUUCCAGCUACUCUCUGAACACUAGCGAAGAGACCCUCUUAAGAAUAUGGGGGGGGGGGGGCAGGGGAAGGACUAGAACAUGUGAAAAAUGAGCAUAAUAUUUUAGUUGCAGUUCAUUCAUUUUCAGCUAUGUAUUCUUGUUAUAAAAAAAGCACACCUAGACAUUCCGUUGUUGUGCCCAUAACCGACCUUUAAGGUGCAAUUUAGCUCCUAGCUUUCAUAUCACAGCUUCUAAUAUGUUUGUGCUGGAAGAAUCUAGAGUGUUCUAGAACAUAACAGCUGCCCAAGGAGCUGAGUGUCUCACAGGAAGACAAGAAUGUGAAAAAAUACCUAACACUGAGGAAACCUGGUCCAAAUAAGCAAGAUGAGUGGGGAAAAGUUAUAUUAGCAGAAGAUAUUUGUACAGUAGACCUUUGUAUUCACCGAGAAGUGAAAUUAUGAAGUUUCAUCUUUCUAGCUCGUCAGAAACCUAAGACAAACUUAGGUAGUGAGGAGAAGGCAUUCCUUCUCUUCAAAGGGGGUUCAUGGUUUGCCUCAUGUAACUCCAGGAGUCAUACUUUUGUGCAGUUAGUUGUUUGACUGAUUUACACGUGUGGCAGAGAUGUAUCUCCAGAAGUAGCUCUUUUCAUGUGAUGUUUGUUCUCCUACAGUUCUGAGUAUAUGGAGCACUUUGAGAACCGGAACUUGCUGGCCUUCUCUGUAGAACCGCUGUUAGUCUUCCCAACGCACUACACAGGAGACGAUGGUUACAUCAGCGACACGGAAACCUCUGUGGUGUGGAACAAUGAGAACAUCAAAACUGACUGGGACCGGGCCAAGUCCCAGAAGAUGAAGGAGCAGCAGGAGCUGAGCAAUGAAGCCAAGAACUCUAAUGUGCUCCAGUCCCCUCUGGACAGCACAGCCCGUGAUGAACUAUGACCCUGCUGGGGCACAGAUGAAGGGGGCUGAGCAGGAGGGCAUGGUGUGGCAUGAGGCAGGGAGGGCUUUUCCCUUUCUCAGGGUUUAUGGGUUGCUUCCCUCGCUUUUCACUGUGGGGUCCACAUCUUUCAUCACACCUCGUGGCAAAGCAAUAAUGGCAAGCUCCACUCCCUCUGCCAUGCGGAGCCUGCAACAGAAAUCGUUUGGUUUACUUAGCUGUGCCAUCCCCCACCUCUCCCACCCUCUGUUUUGGAAGUGGUGUGGGUGAGAUCUUUCCAUACUCAGUUGUGUAAGAGAAGUUUUAUUCUUUGAAGAAUUGGUACUGGCUCAUACAGGGAGCCCUAUAUGUUCUGGAAGAAGCAAGAGUGGUUAGUCCUUGAAAAAAUGCAGGCCAGACUUGCAGACUACAGCACAAUGAUUCUCUGUGUCAGACAAACCAUUUAUCUUGGUGUACGUUUCAGACCUUUCCAGUUAUUUUUAUAUAAUUUUUUUACUGGUGACAGUUUCAGAUCUCAUUUUUGUGGAAUCCUGAUUCCCCUCCCCUCCCCUUUCUUUGUGCCUUGUCUGUGCUGAGAUUGCAAUGCCCAGUUUCGAUGUGGAAAGUCAGAAAUGUCCUUGUUUCCCUUGGGCUGAUGAAUGUUUUUCCUACCAUGUCUCUUGAUUUGCUCUGUAGAGACACAAAGUGCCUUGGUAGGUUGUAGCUUUCACUCCCCAGUGGUCAGAGAUGCAUGGUGGGAGGUACCAUCCAUCGUGGGAGGCAUAGUUGGAACCACAUUUCCCUUCAUACAUUGUGACAAGCAAGUAUAAAGCAUUGCCCUUCAACUUGUGGGACAGCAUUUCAAGGCAGGUUGCGCUUGCAGCACUCCACCAUUAUUAUUAUUUUUGUUCGUUUUCAAAAUAAAAAAAUGUGGGGCUGGGGAAGAGAGGGUAAGAUAUAGUUAAUUAAAAUGAGCCUCAUGUUGCAGAUCAGAGUUAAAAAGGUGGGCCCCAGAUCUGCAUGCUGAAGACUAUUAGUCCAAGGGCUCCUGAAGUUUGGAGAACUCUGUGCUGAAACAUUGGAACAGGUCAAUGGGGUAAAGAAAAGGGAGAGGAGGGAGAGGCUUGCAAGGUAGUGUUAGCGAGCCUGUAAGGAACAUUGGAAGGUUCUAAAAGACACAGCUCAAUGUCAGCCUUGUUGCAGUUUCACCCAUCCUGGAAGGACAUACCACCAUGAUGCCCCUUCUGGUGACAGCAGAGGUGCCUCAGAAAGCAUGGUUGUGGCAUGCUAGCAAGCAUCAUCCAACUCUGAAGCAGAUGGUGUGUGGUGCAUCAUGUCACCAGGUAGAGGGGUUGCAGCUGGAUGGGAUGGGAGAUCCCCAGCAGAGCUCUUCCAUCACAUCAGGAUGGUGAGACUGUGGAAGUUCUGCCCCCAGACCUCUGUGUAUUCACUUACUCACAAGAUGCACAAAAUCAAAACAAUUCACAAAAUCAAGUGCCUUGCUACUUCUUGCUACAUGAGAUUAUACUACAUGAGAAUUUCCUGCACAGCCCUAUAGUUAGCUGCAUUCUCUCACUGCACCCUCCACUUCUCAGCAGACAUUUUGCAUCUGAUACACUCCUCUUUCAGAGGUGUAUAUUCUUCAGCACAUGGUACUUGGAACAACCUUGGACUACACAUUUCUUCUGCUGAUUGGAGUUGGAUUGGCAGAACUACACCUGUGUUGCAGUUUGAGCAGCUUUAUUUAAUAUCCAUAGGGAUGCGGGUGGCGCUGUGGGUAAAACCUCAGCGCCUAGGACUUGCCGAUCGCAUGGUUGGCGGUUCGAAUCCCCGCGGCGGGGUGCGCUCCCGUUGUUCGGUCCCAGCGCCUGCCAACCUAGCAGUUUGAAAGCACCCCCGGGUGCAAGUAGAUAAAUAGGGACCGCUUACCAGCGGGAAGGUAAAUGGCGUUCCGUGUGCUGCGCUGGCUCGCCAGAUGCAGCUUGUCACGCUGGCCACGUGACCCGGAAGUGUCUGCGGACAGCGCUGGCUCCCGGCCUAUAGAGUGAGAUGAGCGCACAACCCUAGAGUCUGGCAAGACUGGCCCGUACGGGCAGGGGUACCUUUACCUUUACCUUUAUUUAAUAUCCAUAGGCAGACUUGUGGUUGGUUUAAUGUUGUAUAUAGGACACACAUAAUUUAGGAUGUGGUGUGUAGCAAAAUGCUACAGAUGUUGCUUGGAGAGGAAGGCAGUGAUGGAGUGGAGAAGAACCUCAUACUGGUCUUUCCUCUUGAGUCAUUUUGGAUGGGGCAGUAUGUGCUGACCUCACCCUUGUCCCUGUUGCACAGGGAGGCCAAAAAAUGGAACCAGCCCAGAGGUAGAAUGUGGUUUGUGGGGGUCAAAUGCAGUGAGAAAGCACCCCCCCCUUCUAGAUGCACAAUUGGGUUGCAAUCCACCAGCAAGUGGGCCAUAAGCUUGUGUGAAGCUCCCAUUAAUUUCAGUAGGGCUUAAACAGAAGAUUAGCAAUACAGUAGAUGGUACCCUUAAAUAAUAGUAAUAAACCCUCAAAGAUGCAAGUGACUAUUAUGUCUGUUAAGCAAAAGCAGAAAUGAAGCUGGCUAAGCAGAGAUUUGAACCCAGUUCCUACAGGUGCAAGAGCAGCACCAGCCCAGCGUGAUCAAUAUUGUUGGUACCUGUUUAAGCCUUAUUAGAAUCAGCUUUCCUGGGUGAACUUCUAGUCCCCAUGACGGCUGAGGUGGGUUUGCAAAUUGGAUUGUACCAACACACUUAUGAGGGUAGAAAAAUAGGCAUAAGUAAAGAAAUCAUUGCUUCCAUUUUGCUGUUCAUCUUAAUGACACCUGUAGACCAAAGCUUUUUUUCAAGUUCUCAUGUCUGAGGUGCAGAACCUUGAAGCAAAAGAACUAACACAUUAGGGUUUUAUUUUUGUGACCAUGAAAUGAUGCACAAGUUGUAUUAAUACAACUAAAAUAGAGCUGUAUGUUAUUUGUUUCAUCUCCUUUGAGCAAUCAAUACACUAAAAUGAUUUGGCUGUUGUGUAGUCCCUAUCUGCCUUUUCUUCAUUAUAUGUCUGUGAUGGUGAUGAGAUUUUUUUUUGGGGGGGGGUCAUUAUAUACCGUACUUAUUUGAAAGUCAGUUUGUCCAGCAUCAUUGGUCUUCUCUAGCAGUCUGUUGCCACAGGAAAGGAUUGGAUAUGUUUUAGGGUGCAUGCUUAGUUCAUGCCACCAGUGAGGUGCAUCAGCAUUUCUCAGCAUGAAUGAAGUGUUUGCCUAGAGCAGGGAUGAGGACUAGUGGCCUUCUGGAUGUUGCUGGACUACAGUGCCCAUCCCUGACCAUUGACCAGGCUGACUGUGGUGUCUGGAGGGCCAUAGGUUCCCUGUCAUUGGCUUUGUUUCGGUUCACAAACAAUGGAAUUUGGAGUUAAUUGAAGGUAAAAAGGUUUGAAAAUGCUGUAUUAGAUGCAUACGUGCCAUGACCUAUGCUUUUCAUUUUCGCCUUCGAUACUACAUUAUUAGCUCCAUUAGAAAGAAGAAGGGCCAUACAGUGAUCAGUGGCUUGAGCAGUCUACUCCCAGUUAACAGAGACUCUCCUAGGUUUCAGGCUGAGCUCUUUGCCAGCCCUGCUUUCUGAGAUCCUUUUUGACAGAUGCUGGAGAUUGAACCUGGGGGAUCUCUGCAGGCAAAAGCCCCACUUUCCCAUAUGUGGAGGCAAGGAUUUCAAUAUUGUCACCUCUGCCUCCACCAUGUGUUGAAGCCUUUCCCAAUCUGGUGCCAUCCAGAUGUGGCUGGUAUUCAGCUCCUAUCAUCCCUGAUCACAGGCCAUGCUGCCUGGGGCUGAUGGAGAGUUUUAGUCCAAAGUAUCAGGAAAGCACUAGAUUAUUGAAAGCUGGUCUGUUGCAUGAGCUAAGCGUAUAUCAUAGAACAGAUCUCUCCAAACUCUGUGUUGCAACACGUUAGCGUGUUGGUUGCCGUGUGCAGGUGUGUUGUAAAAACACUCCCUGCACUCCUGGGACUGGAAAAGGGUUAGUUUACCUCCAGUUAGCUAGUAAAACUGAAUUACUGUGUUGUGAAAUGACACAUGUCUAAAAAGUGUGUCAUCAACAUGGAAAGUAUGGAAGGCUCUUUCAUAGAAUCGUAGAGCGGGAAGGGUCAUCCAGUCCAACCCCCUGCAAUGCAGGAGUCUCAACUAAAGCAUCCAUGAGAGAUGGCCGUCCAACCUCUGCUUAAAAACCUCCAACGAAGGAGAGUCCACCACCUUCUGAGGAAGUCCGUUCCACUGUCAUGCUGAGAGAGUCAAAAAAGAAAAGCAAGUGAAAAAUAAGCCCACGUUUCAAAAACAUCUGCAGAUAGCCAUCUUAUGAGUCACUCCUGCUACGGAUGGGGGAGGGUGUCUAAAUUUAUUACACAAAUAUAAAUCCCUGCUGGUCUAGAGCAGAAAUGUGUGUCACGAACUUUUCAUAACGUGCAGAGCAGUUUAUACAUCCCUUUCCUGUUUUGCACGCUCCACCCCCUGAGGCUGCUUCUUUUUGGGUGCUGAGUCAGAACUUUUCUGCAUUUUCAGCACAAAUGGAGAUAACAAACACGCUGGUGGCUGCUUGCCUUAGGAACAGCAACUGGGAGAGGGAAUUUGGGAGCCAGGGUAUAUGCAUGCUUGACCUAUUUCCUACCAGCUGCUUUUCUCGCCAUCAUAUUUAUUCUCAUGGCUUCUCUUUUAUGUCUCCCUAAAGCUCCAUAAGCUUUCCAGCUCAUAUAUGACUAUUUCAUCUACACACCAACUAAUUUUGCAACAUUGUUCCUUAAUUCAUAAUUGUUGUGUCUUGCUAAUUUGCCUCAUAAAAUGCCUAAAAGGUCCAGUCCCAAAGCAGAUUUCAGAAGUGACAAGGGGCUGGCUGGUACUUCUUCCCCAUUGAUACAGCCUGAUUCAUGUCCAUUAAUUCUUAGUUUUGUUUUGGUAAUUGUCAUUCAGAAAAUCUGUAUUAAUUAAGCUUCCCCAAAGUUGAAGCUCUUAAGACAAUCUAAAAGAAAUUGCACCAUCAAAAGCCUUUUUGGUGCUUCAAAAACUCAGUGAGAUUUGUGAUGUUUUGUUUUCAGGAGACUGAAAAUUGUACAAUAUUAAAUGUUUUUUGUUAGAGGGUGUAAUUUGAGAAUAUAUAAGCACCUUUUUGACACUCUGUUUUCUAAUCUUAAUUAAUAUUCUUUCUUUC